AUGCUUUUAACCGACCUCCCGUCUGAAUUGAUCAUUAUCAUUGCCGACUUCCUCGAACCAAAACACCUCAAUGCUCUAGUCCAGACAGCCAGCUCCUUCGCGAAUCUACUGGGCCUCCAUCUCCUGGACCGUGGCCUCAUCAAUCCCAAACUGGAAAUCCUGUUGUGGGCUGCUGCCAGAGGAGACGAAGCAAUAAUCAGCAGGGUCUUCGAACGCGCAGAGCACAAACGCAUCAAUAUUCCUCCCCACAUAAAAGAGAGCAUGCUCAUGACCGCCGUCUUGCAUAACCGGGUUGACCUACUUGAAUAUCUCGUUCGCACCGUUGGCGCCAACCUCUCUGCCAUGGUACCUCAUGAAUAUUCGCUAUUGCCAAGGACAGCAUUACAUGAAGCCGCUGAACAAGGGAACACAGUCACUACACAAAAGUUGAUUGAGCUAGGGGCCGACGUGAACGCGAUUGAUACUGGGGGGCUAUCCCCGCUGCAUUACGCUGUUUGGAAACCGGACCGCGAAGACGCCUCCGCAGGUGAGGCCUGGGAUACGGACGAAGAAUUAGAGUACGGUGCGAACUCGAUAGCCAUUCUACGGUUGCUUUUGGGACACGGGGCACAGACGGAAGCCGUCGAGCCCGAUCGACGGCAGACUCCCUUGCUCUGGGCUAGUAUUGAUGGAAACACCGACGCCAUAAGACUGCUUUUGGAUCACGGAGCAAAUAUUAACGCAAGUGAUGACGAGGGCUGCACAGCUUUACACCUUGCAGCAGAGUCCGGAAACCACGAGGCCGUCCAGCUGCUUGUUGAUAAGCGGGCUGAUGUCUUUGCCAUUGAUUACAACGCUGAUACUCCCCUUGACCUCGCAGCGUCCGUGUCGGUACGGAAAAUACUGAGAAAAGCGGGUGCUCUGACGGGUCCUGAGCUAGGACGCGAGCUCGAAAGAUUUUUAAGUGAGCGCCGUACCAGUGAUGAGGUGUAG